AUGGAGGAAGUAUGCACCCAGGUACGCCAUCUCCUUCUCGCUUACCCAACAGCAACCAUAUGGCUGGCAGACGAUAUGAAUCUGCCUGAUGUCGACUGGGACUCCUAUCCCAUCCUGGGGAACAACAACACCAACAUGGUAAACAAACUUUUCAUUGACACUGUUCUAGACACCAGCUCAGAACAAAUCGUUAACUUCUCUACAAGAGGCAACAACACCCUUGAUCUGUUUAUCACAAACCGCCCAUCACUUGUGAGCCGUUGUAAACCAGUACGAGGGGUCAGCGACCACGACGCUGUUUUCAUUCAAGCACAAACAUCAGCAUCUCGUGUCAAACCACCACCAAGAAAGAUACUCGUAUGGAAAAAUGCGGACUCUACAAACAUCCAGUCAGCUGUCAGUGAUUUCAGCAUUGACUUCAUCGCUAGAUAUGACCACAAGGCCGACGUCAACACCCUGUGGACGACUUUUAGGAACUUUGUUGAGGAUACCAUCACAGCCCACGUACCAUCUAAGAUGACCUCCUCACGCUUCAACCAGCCUUGGAUCACGAGGAAAGCCAAGCGUCUCUCCAGAAGGAAAAAGCGGGCAUUUCACAGGGCCAGAGCCUCCGGGAAAGAAGUUGACAUGGACCGCUACAAACAACUAGCCAAGGACACCAAAUAUGAAUCCAGACGUGCCUAUAAUUCUUACAUCAGGGACCUCGUCUCAACUGACAGAAAUCCCAAGAAGCUGUAUUCCCUGGUAAAGGGGAAGAGAUGUGAUAAGAGCGGCAUAUCUCCCCUAAAAUCAAACGGUGUCACCCACAGCGACCCCACCACCAAAGCGAAAAUCCUCAAUGACCAGUUCAGCGGUGUGUUCUACAGGGAGGACACAUCUCACAUCCCGUCACUUGGAACCAGCCCGCAUCCCAGCAUGCACAACCUUAGCAUUGGAAUCGAGGGUGUACGGAAGCUCCUUGUUGACCUUGAUGUGCACAAGGCUACUGGUCCAGACAAUAUUCCAUCAAAGUUCCUCAAAGACUACGCAGAAGAACUGGCACCUUCUCUUGCUCUCAUCUUCUCUGCAUCUGUUGAACAAGGUUAA